AUGGAAACUGAAAUAUUUAAUAAUGGGACAAAUAUCAAGGAGUUCUGGAUUCUUGGAUUUGAGAACCUUCACAGAUUCCGGAUUCUACUCUUUCUCCUGAUUCUCUUAGAUUAUGUCGUCACAAUAUCUGCAAACGUUAUGAUUGUCCUAUUGGUGACCACAACCCGCCACGUCUACUCUCCGAUGUACUUCUUUCUUAGCCAUUUGUCGCUGAAUGAUAUUCUGUUCAUCACAAAUAUUGCACCUCAGCUGCUUUCUAUUGUGUUAAACAACGGGAGCGCCGCGACCAUCGCUGGAUGCUUCACCCAGUUUUACUUCUUUGAAUUAUCAGCAGUCGUAGAAACUUUCCUCCUCACCGUGAUGUCCUACGACAGAUAUUUGGCCAUCUGUAACCCGUUGCGUUAUUCCUCCAUCAUGGAGCUUAAGCUUUGUGUUAACCUUGCUGCUUCCACUUGGGUAUCUGGAAUAGUUUUGUCUUUCAUCCAUAUUAUUCUAUUUCGCCAGGUGAUAUUUUGCCGGUCAAAUGUCAUCAACCAUAUUUUCUGUGAUCUGCUUCCUAUUCUUAAACUUUCUUGUUCUGACGUAUCGGUUAAUAAAAUAGCGAUGUAUAUCAUAUCUAUUCCAAUAUUGUAUUUUCCACUCAUUUGUAUUACUGGGACUUACACAAAUAUCUUGCUUUCCAUCCUCCGGAUCUCCACCACGAGCACCGGGAGACAGAAAGCCUUCUCCACCUGCAGCUCCCACCUGACCGUGGUCUGUAUAUAUUACGGGACAUUGCUAUUUAAUUAUAUGGUUCCCUCUGAAGGAAACUAUAUAAGUCUCCAAAAGGUGGGUUCUGUACUUUACACCACAGUGACCCCUCUGCUGAACCCCAUCAUAUACAGUCUGAGGAAUGAGGCAAUUAGAGGGGCCCUAAUGAGUUUUAUCUCUAAGUGUAUGAGAGGAACAUUCUAA